AUGCAGUACUGUUUCUCUUUGGAAAGCGUGGAACAAGUCUACGUGACCAUUUUCCCGGAUUUUGAGUAUGCGGAUACGGAUACGUUUGAAAAUGAAAUCGCGGAGUUUUACUCUUAUUCGGAAGUUAUGGAGUUUCGGGAGUACCUGGAGUUAUACGAUAAGGAAGUGGGAGAAUCGUGGAAAAAUAUGGACGAAGAUCGAAGAAAAUCUUGUGUUAUGAAAAUUUUGAACAAUCUGGAUUUAAAUGAUGCUGCGGUGAGAUUAAAUAACGCUAAAAUUAUUUUGUAUAUUGCGCAAGGGUGUUGGAAUGAAGUCGAUUGUGUGGAGGAGCAGAUUUUUUGGCAGAGAAAAAAUUGCUUUUUGCUGCAGAAAUUGGGGGUUUUUAAUGCUUUUGUGGAGCUUUUUGAGAUACAGUCAAAAAAUGGAAAUAAAGAUUUAUAUGGUAAUAUGCAAGAUUCUACGGGUUUUAGAGUUAUAUUUGGGGUUAUGUUCACUAUUAUUGAAGUUGUAAGAGAGGAAAAAAAUAGUGAGGAUUUGGAAUACAAAGAUGACGUGGAAGAUUUUUUAAACGAAAUUGAUAGCAUAGGCACUAACUUGAUCACAAAGUUAAUAGUCUGUUGUACUUCAUAUAAUUGUUACUUUAAAUCCGAAGUACCGCUAAAGAAAACAUUGCUGGUUCUAUGGAAGUUUAUUUUGCUUUUUCUUGGAAAUACAGACGAUAUAAAUAAAUCUAAAAAGAUGAAAAUGGAGGAAAAUGGAUUAAAAUAUAUGGAAAGCAGUGAAGAAGUUUUAGAAAAGCAUAAAUACAAAGAGAAAAUCCUAUGGGAACCAAAAGUACACCAGGAGGAAAUAGAAAAAUACAUUAACUGUUCUAGAUUCAAAUACUUUAACUUUACUUUGCUUAACGAUCAGGAUACUUUGGUUGGUUUACCACCAAACAUAAUUGAAAGCAUUAAAACAAUGAAAAAACAUGCCUACAUCCCACUAACAAAAAUCCACAUCAAGGAAGAAAUGGAGUCCACAAAAACGGACUUGGUCUAUGAGGCUAUGUUGCCACAUUUCCGUGAACUAACCUACCUAUUCUCGAAUCUUCUAAAAUGCAUUGUGACUGACUCAGAUGUGAAUAUCCAAAACGAAACCAUGCCUGUGUGCGUUGUGAUGCGUCCAGUGUACAUUCAAGGCUUUGCAGUGAACAUAGCAAGACACAAGGAGAUAAUUCUGAAGGCGGUAUCUGGGUUAUCUCUUUUGCUUUUGCGGCAUUUUAAAACUAACCACGUAUAUCAAUUUGAAUGCAUGGCCAUGAAUAUGAUGAUGGUGGGAUUUAUAAACAAUAUUUUCAUGUAUUUGAGGAACGAUAUCGAGACUUUGAUGCAGACUAAUUAUUUUAUCAAGCGGUUGGAAUUUCCGUACUGUAUCAUUGGUGGACCACCGAAAUACGAUUCCAAUACGACUGUGGGGUGUUCAUAUUUAUACUAUUCUUGGAGGAAUAUGUUUGUUUGCACGAAUUUAUUAAGGAUACAGAAUAAAAUAACGAAGAAUAAACCCAUGAGGAUACAUUUAUUGCUGCAAACGGGGUUAAAGAGUCUUCAAAAUGUUUUGGAAAUUAAAAACCCUUUAAUAGAGUUAUAUACUUUGAAACUUAUCAAAAUGGUGGCAAAAUAUAUGGGAAAAAAAUGGCGCUUAAGUAAUCUAAAGACAAUCAGUAAAAUUUACAAUAAGGUCCGUCACAAAAUUUGUGAUAAUUGGUUAUAUUUAACCGACUUCGAUAUAAAAAACAAACUUGAUAAAAAUGCAAGCGAAUUUAAAUUACAACAAGAAAUAGAUAAAUACAACAUGCAAUUCUACGCGUUAGGUGAUGUGGAAACUUCCAAAAGAUCCCUAAAUUUUAUCACCAAAGAUUUUGAAAAAAAAUACGAAGAAUUUUUAAAAACUGAAGUUUACGAAAAUACUUAUGAUUGGAACGAAAUUUUAGGCGGUUAUCUUUGA